UGAACGUACAAUAUCAUAAUUUUACAGGUUACUGAAAUAAAUUUUGUAUUUUGUUGAUAUCCCUGUGAAGAAACCCGUCUCGCUUGCUGCGAGGAAUCUUCGACGGUUCACAUAAAUAUAGUAUUAAGGGUGUAACACCCGGUGUAUACUAGCGGGUUGAGGGAAAAGACCGGUGGCUAUAUUUUAAAGUUUCUCCAAAGCUUUACUGUCCUGUGUUUCGCGUUCGUGAGCACAGUGUACUGGCCUACAGCUGUGUUCAACCACACCUGUACGUAUCUGACUUGUCACCGAGAGGCGCUAGGUGGCUGGGCAAUUGUCUUUCAACAAGACAUUGGUCUCCGGUAACCUGUUUUGAGCGAUCCUAAUCCUUGAUCCUGUGAAAGACUUUCACCAUAUCCCCAUCAUCAUUUGAUUACUUAUAAUCUCGAUAACUGGUUAACAUAUCUACUCCAAACCACUCAUCAGUCCUCCUAUUGGACUAAUACAUCACCCUUUUCCAUAAAUCCAAAGAAUCUCCCCCAAAAUCUCCCAUUAUCCAACUCGUAUACCUUGACGAUAUCCUUAUCCUCGCAAACUGUCGUCCCAAACAAAAACGAACCCAGCGCUCGGCGGCUCCCGCUGCGUUGCGCUGACAAGCGUCUCUUGUGGUCAGGUACUAGGGCCUCCGCGCCCGGUCGCUCAAACCGUCGGGACGACGAGCCGUGGGGGGAUCGGCGCGGGCACACACAACGACAUUCGGCCGCUGCCUGCUCCUCUACGCUUAGGUGCCGAUUCACCCUCCGCUCGUUCCGCACUCCCGAUCAUGUCUCGAGCGGGCGCGGGGCACCCGGAUGCUGACGAAGGCGCGUGCAGCUCGCAGGGCGCGGGCGAGCGACUAUACCCGGCGCUGGCGGAGUACCUGCUGCUGGAGCACAAGUUCCAGCCGCGGCUGUGCCUGCCCGGCGAGUCUGAGAAUGGAGAGGUGACGACAGGCGCUCGCGACGGCGCUGCGCACGUGUUACGAUGCCUGAAGGUGUGGUUCGAUCUGCCUGCCAGCGUGCUAGUGCACGCCAUCAACUUGUUCGACAGGUUCCUAACGAAGAUGAAGGUGCGUCCGUGCCACGUGCCGUGCAUCACUGUGUCAUGUAUGAACAUCGCCAUCGACGAGUUCGCUGAACAAACGCGACAGCCGAGGACCGUUUCUGUUGAAGAACUGGUAUCAAUCUCCCAGUCGGCGUGCACCGCGGGUGACGUCACUCGCAUGUCGCGCGUCAUCGUAGACAAGCUGGCGCUGGCGAAAGGCACGCGCUGCGUCAGCGUGCUGGAGUGGGCGAAGCUGAUUCGCGCUCUGGUCGCCGACGCGGCCCGACAAGUGGGGGCCGAGUCGCCGGUGGGACAGGAGAGCGAAUUAGUCAACCUGGUGGAGAUUGCUGUGUGCGACGCGGCGUGCGCGAACGUUCGCGCGUCCGAGCUCGCUCUGGUGCUCGUCUUCCACAAAAUUGAACAACAGCUGGUGGAGUGGUCACGCAGCGGCGCGGUGCCCGAAGACGCGUACUACAUCUACGACUACGCGGCCCAGUUGCAAGCGCACUGCCACAUGUCAGACGCGUCUUUAGUAGCAGCCCGGGCGCGCGUACGAGGCGUGUUGGCCCGAUACGAGGCGCGCGCCGCCGCGCCGCACCGCCAGCGCCUCGUAUGGCGACUCUCGGAACGCACGCUCAAG